AUGGAGCCCGAAAACGGUGCGCAAGCGCCAGAGAAGAGCAGCUUUCGUGCGAACUCAAUCAGCAACGACGUUUCCGGCGUGGGGUCAGGGUCUCGUACGCUUCCAUUGCGGCCUAAAGAAAAUGGUGUCAACUCCGAGAGCGCGGCAACGGUAGAGGAUGGCCGUGGUGGUCAAGACCAGACUCAAGCUACAGCUCCCACAGAGUCCGAGCCAGCCGGCAGCCAGAACGCAGAAGAAAACGAGCACGAAGACGCACAGGACCAAGACUAUGGCGAAAUCUCCGAGUUACCACCCACUCAGCCAAAGAAGAAGAAGAAACGGUCGAAACGAAAGCCAGCCAGCCAGCGAGGACUGGACAAACCUACAGGAUUCGAAGACUUUUUCGCCGACGCGCCCAUAACUCCAGACCAGCAUGCCGAAGAGCAGAAACUCUACAGCACAGACCUACCAUUCGUCGACCGGAUCGUCACGGCAAUAGCACGGUUCGAACGAACACGCAAAAUGACCAACGAGCGCCGUGACAUACUGUACAAGUAUCUCUCUUACGGCAACGUCGACGUCUCGCCCAACAGUUUCCAAGGAGGGCAGGUAACCGAGGACAUGGACAAGAACCAAGUGGCAGCGGCACUCACGCAAGCCUCAGUGAGCAACGACAAGCGUGACCUAGGCACAGAAACGAGCUUGUACGCCGUCGACUUCCUAGGCUGCUUACAAGGGUUUCUCAGCCGACGCGCCAAAUACCUCUACGGCUUCGAAACUCGCGACCAAGUCCUAUUACUAACCACUACCCUCGAACGAUUCAUGGAUUACCUCCUCCAACACGAUGUGUGUCCAGAAUACCGCGACGACGUCUUGGCCGCACGCAAUCUCUGCCGCGAAGUCCCCGCGGAAUUGUGGGCCGUGGCCGAAGCGACGCGUCGCUUGCCCGGAGACUUCAACAUUGCCUGCUCGACCUUGUUCGGCGGACGCUAUGCACAGAGCUACGACGGCGAGACGUGGUGGGGUCCCGAAGAAAUGCAACAAGAGGACCACGUCUUUGUCGGGAUGAAGCCCGCUGAAGCUUCGCAAAUAGUCCAUUUUGGAGUUGCCGGCGCCGCCUCUGAGCCCGUCUAUGCCGCAUACCUUGCUGGAAUCAACGGCCCGGCAUCCGCACAAAAUCUAAAAGUCGAUUGGGUCAAAGAAAACGUUGGAUUUGAGAUCACAAAGAUCGAACUACCGACUGAAGAGUGCAAGCAGUUGUAUCUCGAGGGCUCGCGACAUUUCAGACCUGUCGGACUAGUCUAUGCGAAACCCUGGAAGAAUUCCGACUCACUGCCUGAGGAUUUGACUCCCGCUGAGCAGAAGCAGAAGCAGGAGCAGGCAGGAAGAUUACAGCAGGACACAGACACCGACACCGACAAGGAAUACGUUUUCUUUAUCGAGUCAAUUCUCCAGUCGCAUCUCCGUGUUGGUUUCAAAGUUGAAGCGACGGUGCGCAAACUCCACUGCGGAAUCAUGUUCUUUGACGACGUUCUCGACGUAUACCCGACCUUUGAUGUGUUUCUGCACAAUGAGAUGAUGUCCGGCUGGAAGAAGCCGAGGCCGAUGAUGGGAGCGUUUGACUAUGUGGAGACAGAAGGAGAGAAUGGUGGAGAGGAUGGCAAAGACCGUGAAGCUGAAGGAGAUGAAUGA